UACACAAAGUCAAAAUGCCAAUUAUAUACCGAUUCCAUUGACAAUCUUAAAGAGGAUAUCUACACAGCUUUACGUAAAUAUAAAGAAGACCCAGACAACCACGUGAACGUAAUCAACAAAUUGGACAAGAUUCUAUCUAAUUUUGAGAAAUUAUUUUCUACGACCGAAGUAAAAGAAUUUGUCGACAAACUUCGAGAAGAACAAGAAGAACGUGGAUUUGAUACAGCUCUUCAAGUCAAUGUGGCAUCUGCCUGCGCAAUUAAAGCCUUAAAGGAAGGACCUUCAAAAACGAAAUCCAUGAAAAGAAACAAGGAUGAUGUGAGCUCAGAGAUAGAGAAUAGUUCAGAAUAUGAUGAAAGGCCAAAUAAAAUUAAAAAACAGACUACAAAUGACAUUGAAGAAGUCAUUAGAAACAGCGUUACAAGUGAUGAAUCAAAUGAAAUCAAAAUCAAGGUAUCCGACGAAAUUGAAGAAUCCUUUGAUAAACGAAAGUAUACAGUAGAAAGAAUUGUACCAUUGUUCAAGGCGAUACAAUCUGUUCAUAAAGAAUUUAUGUUCGAUUGGAUUGAAGUGCAACUUAAUUGCAUCAAGGAUAUAAAGGCGUUGUUUCCCAAAUUUGAUAUGACGCUUAAUAAAGCAGAUGGUGUUGGUCUGAAGGUUUCAAGCAAUAAGGAAGUGGUAUUUAUUGAUAUAUCAGGAGGUCCGGAAGUUACUAGUGCGGUAGUAAAACAUGCCAAAGAAGAUACCGAAAAGCUGAUCAAGGAAGCGAUGUUUGGGUUGGUUUCUCUUUUGAGAGAUUAUUUAGACAAGAAU